GCUGCGGUAUCAUUGUUGUUUCGGAGGAGGCAGACGAAAAACGCGUAAAACUCGGCGCGGACCGUUUGCGCUGCCUGUAAAUCGUAAUUUUCGUUCUGUAUAGUCGCGAUUAUGGUGUAAGUGGUACGCGGUAAUGAAAGACAUGGUCGCGGACGGCGCGGGCGAUCAGGUUAUCCUGGCGACGGGUGGCUACGACCACAGCAUUCGUCUCUGGCAAGCGCACAGUGGAUUGUGCCAGCGGACGCUCCAGCACGCCGACUCCCAAGUGAACGUGCUUGAAAUCACGCCUGAUCGCCAGCACAUAGCUGCUGGAGGCUACCAGCACAUCCGCACUUACGACAUCAACUCGACAAACACAAACCCCAUCAUCAACUACGAGGGUCUCGGCAAGAACGUCACUGCAUUGGGCUUCCACGAAGAUGGCCUGUGGAUGUACUCGGGCGGCGAAGACUUUUCCGCCCGCAUCUGGGACUCAAGAGCAAGAGCGCAGACAUGCCAGCGGGUGUUUGAGACCAAUGCGCCGGUCAACUGCGCCUGCUUGCACCCGAACCAGUGCGAGCUCUUCAUCGGAGACCAGAGCGGCAGCAUUUACGUCUGGGACCUCAGGAACAAUCACAACGAGCAGUUGACAUUAGACUUGGAUGUGUCUGUCCAGCACCUGGACAUCGAUUCCACUGGCCAGUACCUGGCUGCCAUAGACAACAAGGGUGUGUGUUACCUGUUCCUUCUGGGUAGCGGCAGCGACAGCCAGAUCUCCAGUCCCGAGCGAAUGCUCAAGUUUGAGGCGCACAAGCGUUACGGACUCAAGUGCCGCUUCAGCCUGGACUCCGAGCUCCUGGCGACAUCGUCGGCCGACGCGACAGCACGCGUCUGGAAGGUGUCGAACCUCAUUGCCUCCGGCGACGACAACGGACCGGAGCGACUGGUCCGGCGGAGUUCUUCACAGUCGUCGACGGGGACCCGCGCUUGGAAGGUGGCCAACAUUCCCCCAAUGUCCGAGAUGAGCAACGUCAACCAGCGCUGGGUGUGGGACAUUGCAUUCAGCUACGACGCUCAGAUCCUCAUCACAGCCUCAUCAGACACUGUUGCCAGGCUGUGGAGCGUGUCCCCAGCUGAGGUGAAGCGGGAAUACAGCGGCCACCAGAAGGCGCUCACGGCCCUGGCAUUCAGGGACAGUGCUUGACAAGACGCCAUUGCAUCGAGCGAACUUUGCCGUGGACGAAUAAAUUUGUUAAGUUUCUCUUC